AUGUUGCGGGGGCGCACGCUGGGGAACAGUGCCACAGCUCUGCACAGGCACCUGUGCCUCAGGCAUAAAGAAUAUUUCCUGGGCCAGUCAACAAUGUACCUGUCUGUGCUGAGGAAUUUUGUGACCCAGAACACUGAUCCCAGCAGUCUCAUUGCCGCGCUGCCACAGAUGGUGCCUGUCCCUAGUCCAUCUUGGCUGCUCUCAGUGUACGCCAAAGAAGUACUGACACGGCUUCCUGAACUGAAGGCCCGUGUCACCUCUGUCUAUGGCUCCAUUUUAAAGACGGAUUCCACCAAAAAGGUCACCAAGAAGCUAGCUGGUCAUGCUGCUGGCAUCGCUGCGUGGGUGACAGAUGUGGGGAACAAAAUUGGACAAGUCCUCAUGUUUGUCCUCAUAGAAAGAGAGGGAAAGGAUGAAAGAGAUUUGGCGGACACAUCAGCGCCACAUCGACUGCAUCCAGGACCCACCAGGUGUGCAGCUAUACACGAAGAUAGGCAGGUGACCAAAGGGGAGGUCAUUCUGCCCCAGUAUGGCUGUGCACGAACAAGUGCAAGUGACCUUCAUUUUCAGAUGUACUUGAUGGAAGGGCUUGUACAGUGGAAUGAGGCUUGUGUGGUUGCUGCUGUUAAAGGUGGAGGCAGAAAGGAUAUCUGCUAUAGUGGCCAACUGCAGCAGUACGCCAACAUCCUGAGAGAACUCAUUGCCAUGGAAUACUUGUAUUCCCAAACUAAUAAAGCUUUUGAGGAAGACUUCGGUGCGGAUCCUGAUACUCCAGAUGGGAUUCAGGAUGGACACAUGAAGAUUGAUCUGGAGAGUGAUGAGGGGUUUGAGGAUGUAGACUUGGAUGGUGAGCCCCUUGAAAUCAUGGGGCUCAGCCUCGAUAUCCCAGAACCCAUUCAGCAAGUUACACCCACAAAGAUACUCGCCAGGAUCACCGGGACCCUAGCUCACCUCCUCAUCGCCCAGGCACGGCUCAGCGAAAAGAGCUACCUCGACCUGGAGCAGGAAGUUGCAACUCUAAGACUUCAAGCGGAGGAAGCCCGGAAGCAUCAGGCUCACACCCAGAGCCGUCUAGAUAAGCUACUUCUCGAGACCCAAGACCAGCACGAGAAAGAGGAUGCCACAGACCCAGGGCUACAGGAGGAAGUAGACAGACUUCAAAAUGCCCUGGAGAAUCUUCGUCUGGACACAGACCAAAGAGAACAUUUGGAGAGAGAAGCCCGAGAGGGACUCGAGGCAAAGCUCCGACAAGCUGAAACCCUCCUUGAAAGGGCUGAAAUGGAACUGAAAGAAAGAGAUGCUAAAGCUAAGGCCUAUGAAAAUCACCUGAACAUGGCCCGAGCUGAAAUCCAUGAUCUUACACAGCAUAAAAACUUUCUUAAAGAUGAACUUGACAUCGUUCACAGAGAACUGAAACAUUCUUAUAGACUGCAAAGUGAACCAAAAGAGGAAACACACUCCACAGAGUUUCCCCUGGCCAGUGGACCCAAGCCUUUCAGCCAAGAACUUAGAGCUGGAAAAGGGAGUGAAAGCCUGCUUUUCAAAAUGUCACCAACCAGCCUGCACAAACCCCUGUCAGCAGCGGGGGAGGGAAAACCCUUCCAGAAAGUCCUGGUCACCAGCCACAGACACAUGGCUCCCAAAGAACUGGACAAGCUGGCUAGAAACAUCCCUACGUUCAACCCAGAUCCUGCAGGAGGCCAUGACAUUCACGCUUACUUACAGGACAUAGACUUUCACUUACAAACUGUCGCCAACGUAACCACUUGGGACAAACUGUACCUGCUCAGAAUUACGUCCAGUCGUGAGGUACGCAGUUUCUUAGACCGUCAACCAGAGACUGUCAAAACAGACUACCAGCAACUGCGAAAAGCUUUGGUGCGUGAAUUCUCUGAUCCAGAAUCAGACCAAGGGUUAGUAACUGCAAUGGACCUCAAGCAAGGUCGACUUGAAACCCCACCAAAUUUCUAUAACCGACUGCGACGUGCCUACUUCGGAGCACGAAAUGAACAAGGCAUGGAGGAAGACAUUAACUUCCGAACUUUGUUUCUUCGAAACCUCCAUCCUACUUUAAGCCACCAUUUGGGAGUAUUAGCGUGCCCGCGUAGCAUGUCAACGCAACAUUUACGCGACUUAGCCCAUAAGGCUUACACCAAACAAAAGACUGUGUCAGAAAAGACUGUAAAACACCCAACUAUUUGCCCUGUCUCUGAUUCCUAUUCAGAGUUGACCCUAGACCCAGCCCCAACCGCACCACAGUUAUAG